GGGAGGGGCCAGGAAGCGGCGAGCGAGCCGGGGAGCGCAGCUGCGGGCGUGGGGGCGACAGGAGCCGGGGAGCCGGCGCCGAGAGCGGCUGCGGCUGGAACGGGCGGCCGAGACAAAGGCGACGAUAGGGCCAGUUGUGAGUGUGUGGAUUUUUGAGUAAAACCUCGAAGCCAAAUGAGAAGACAGCUUCAAGGAACAGCUUCUACUGACAGUGAGUCUGCAGCCAUCUGUAUGCAUAAUAUGGAAUGUGCUCAACCCAGAGAUAGCUGAAUGGGUGGCUUCUGUUGACAAGGAGUGACUACCUGUUACAGGCGCCUAGUCCAGACAGCAAUUUUUAUACCUUUCCUGGUGGUUCAGAAGCAAAGAAAGGAAACAAUCCGACCAUUUUAUUUUUAGACUGGCUAUAGAAAAUACUUGAUCUCCAGGAACAAAAACACAGAGAAGUAAUUAAGUCAUUAUUUUGGCAUCACUGGACAUUCAUCAUAUUGAGAAGUGAGCUUUGUGAAGCUUCCUGAGCUGAGCUUUGGAAACGUCAUUGGUGCUCGUCUGUAACCUGGACUAAAGCAUGAGUGAAUUCUGGUUGUGUUUCAACUGCUGUAUUGCAGAGCAGCCUCAGCCUAAAAGGCGCCGGCGGAUUGACCGAAGUAUGAUUGGAGAGCCCACAAACUUCGUGCACACGGCUCACGUGGGGUCGGGAGACCUGUUCAGUGGGAUGAACUCGGUCAGCUCCAUCCAGAACCAGAUGCAGUCCAAGGGCGGCUACGGGGGCGGCAUGGCUGCCAACGUGCAGAUGCAGCUCGUGGACACAAAGGCGGGAUAGCCCCGCUCCCGCCUCCAAAGUGUGAUGGCCUCUUGUUCACCCUGUUGUGAUUACUCCAGUGACACGUAACCGCUCUGCUCCGAAGAAACUGUCGUCAGAUGAACCCUGCGUUUUCUUCCGCUGGCAUGCAUGCCUUUGGACUCACGGACAGAGUUCUUUGGAUUGUGGCUUAUCUUUAUCAAUAUGGAUCUGAUUUUAGCAUGAUCUUUUUUGUGAAUGCUAGCACUGUUUUGCAUUUUUUCCCCAUUUUUGACAUUUCUCUUUCCAUCUCCAGCCCCCGGCCUUAUGAUUUUAUUGGUAAGCAAAGACGUGCUAUUAUUUGUUACUUUGUCACCAUUUAUGUAUAUUUUGGAAGGUAUGAGAACCAUAAGCACAAUGAUCAUUUCUAUCCACUUAAAACUUCAGCAGAGUAGAUACCUGCAUGCUUUAUGAAGUUGCUUUGUACAGGAGCCCAUGGGAUGCCAGAAAGGAACGGGCUUUGCUGCCAUGGGCUGGUGAUACUGCUGCUGUUAGAGGAAGGUUAGCUGUGGCACCAAGUCACAGCGGUUUCACAAAAAAAAGGCAACUUGUAGCUUAAGACUUUUAUUUAGUUAGAACUACAGUGAAAGAAAAGCUUGCAUUCAUAAGGCAUUCAUUCUGUUGUAAAUGUUCAGUAUAUUUAUUUGAAAGUGAGGACCUGGGAUUGUAAACAGUUACGGGUGUGUGGUCACAUCCUCCCCAUCCAGUCUGACUGCGCAUCGCUAUCUAUCUUAGUAGCUGUUCAUUUUUUGUGUACUCAUCUGUUUUCACUUGUUUAGGUUUAAUACUAUGGUAUUCAGUUGUUUCCAGUAGCAGCCUGUUGAAUGUCCUGUGAGAAACCUUUCGCUCAAGUUCCAAAAUACGUUUAUUCUUCACAAAGUGUAUUUCAGAUAUUUCUGUAAGGAUGUAGUGCUAAGCCAGGUAGUGGUCUGUUUUCUCAUUAAACUAUUUAAGUCCUAUGUCUAGUUGAGCCGUUAUCUAAGAGUUACAUUUGGUAGCACUAACAUUUCAUGUAGGAAAUGGGGUGACAUUGCAUAAAGAGGGAACAUUUUCUGUCUUCUUCGAUCCCUUUCCCCUCACCUUAGUCCCAAAUUCUUGUGAAUCAUAGAACUGCAUACGUAGUAGGUUUUAGGGGCAAAACAUGAAAGCAUUUCUCCCACAGUUCUUUUCAGUUUACCCAGUACAGUGGGCGCCAGAUACUCCUGCCCUGUGUUUCUGCAGUUUUGAGUCUUCGUAGGUCUCAAUCCCAAACAGAAUCUGUCAAGGAAAGACAUUUAUGCUUAGUAAUCGAAAUAGGCAUUUUGCGGUUUAAUACCUUCUAAACUUGAAUUCACCUGGUGUCGUUAAUUCACUGUGUGGAUACUGCAUUCUGGACUUCGCGUGAGUGCCAGGUCAGUGUCCUGCCAGGGCCACUGCUGUGUGCAGGCUCUUUUUAAGGGACGGGUUUCCUUGGCCUUGACAGCACUGAUGCUGUUGAGUCUUAAUUCUACUUUGACUUUAACAUUUAGUAUGCAGACUUUAUCCUGGGCCUACACCUCCUAGACGACAACACAGGGAGCCAUAGUUCCUUUUUCCCAGCUCGUGAUUUGAUUUGAUUGUUUCCUCCAACUGCUCACUUUCCUGAUUCUCCAAGGACCAAAUACUCCAGUGAGCACUGGAGCGUCUCCGUGGUAAACCGAAGGCUGCACUCUAAAGCCUCUGGCUGUUCUGCAGCCGCCACCGACUUGACAGGCACAGGCAGCCACGCUGCGUGCAAGCCCGCCUGCCAAGGCGCGUGCCGGUGACGGCAGACGGAGUAAGACAAUUACCAAAAAUUCUAAGAGUUAACAUUGGACACAUUUUUUUUUUUUAGGGAGUCAGUUUUCCCACAGUGGUAAGUGGCUUUGUAAAUCUUGGGAGGUCAUUUGCUCCCCAUGACUGUGUGUCUCGCUUGAAAAUUGAUGCUAAUUCAAUAACUAGCAUUGACUGUUAAUACUUUGCUGAACUAUAUGCUAACAGCUGUUACCUAAUGACACACAUUCUUUUAUCAGUGAUCUGCAUUCUGUGGAGGAGGUGCUUUCCCACGAGGUAGGCAGAAAGUGGGGCCAGUGAGCGUAGAGGAGCAAUGUACACUGUGGUGACUGGGGCAGCAUUUCCCAGGCAGCAUUAUCGGUGGGCCUUUAAAUGAGAUACUUUGUGAGUAUAUCAGCUUUCACUUUUGUUAUUAAAUUAUAGCAGUUUUAUUAUAGAGAGCAAGUUUGCCUUGAUUUUGUUUAAAAUGACUUCUGCUCAGCGCCCAGGAGAUAAAAUUGACAUAUUUUUAUAAUAUAAGCAUACUUUUUUUGUACAUUGUGUUCAUUCUUGAAUAAAGUGAGUUCAGUGUUGGCUUGUAGAUAAUAAAAAGAAAGUAUUGAUUUUGAUUCAAUAAAUGUUUUUCACUCCUG